AUGCCCAGCAUCUUCGCCUACCAGAGCUCCGAGGUGGACUGGUGUGAGCCCAACUUCCAGUACUCCCAGCUGGUGGCCGAGUUCUACAACACGUUCAGCAAUGUCACCUUCUUCGUCUUUGGGCCCCUCAUGACAUUUCUGAUGCGCCCAUAUAUCCAGAAACGCUCCUGCUACAUUUAUGUGCUCUUUAUUCUCUUCACAGUCACAGGACUGUUCUCCAUGUACUUUCACAUGACGCUCAGCUUUCUGGGCCAGAUGCUGGAUGAGAUCGCUAUCUUGUGGCUGCUGGCCAGCGGCUACAGCAUAUGGUUGCCUCGCUGCUAUUUCCCCACCUUCCUUGCGCAGAACAGGUCCUGGUACAUCUCACUGAUCGUCACCAUCACCCUGGUCAGUACCUGCUUGUCCUUCCUGAAGCCCACGAUCAACGCAUACGCCCUAAAUGCCAUUGGCUUGCACAUUAUCUACAUCGUGGUCCAGGAGUAUAAGAAGACCAAAAAUAAGGAGCUCCGGCAUCUGAUUGAGGUCUCCACGGUUAUAUGGGCUCUCGCCCUUACUAGCUGGAUCAGUGACCGCCUGUUUUGCAGUUUCUGGCAAUGGAUUAAUUUCUCCUACCUGCACAGCAUCUGGCAUGUACUCAUCAGCUUCACCUUCCCCUAUGGCAUGGUCAUCCUGGCUAUUGUGGAUUCCACAUACGAGAUGCCGGACCAAACCAUCAAAGUCCGCUACUGGCCUCGGGACACUUGGCCCGUGGGGCUGCCCUACGUGGAGAUGGGUGAUGACCACAAGAGCUGCUGA